CGCAGCCACGUCACAUGAGUCGAUGUCAGCCGAAAUGAACAUUAACAAAAACUUCAUCAAAACAUGACUACGAAACAAUACUGUAGCUAGCGGAAUACAAGCUACAGCUAUCUACAGCAGCGGUAAAAUUACCUCUGGCUCGAUGCAUUGAGGGAAGUAUUAUGCAUCUCCUGUAUUUAUGGGGCAGAUUAAUGGGAUAUUACCUCGCAAACACGGCGCAAAGUUUCCGCAGUCGUUCACCGACCUUGACAACUUGCCACCUGAGCUGGCAAUGGCUGUGUUGUCCAACUUAAACGCAACAGAUCUGUGCCUCGCUGCCUGUGUGUGGGAUCACUUAGCAAAUAAUAAUCUACUCUGGAUGAGCCUUUGCAGAACAACAUGGAAGCAUGUUUCAGCUUACAAAACUAUGGUGAAGAAAAAGAUGACCUACAAGUCCCUAUAUCUUUUACUUGACGAUGGCACUUGCUUAUUUAAUAUUUACCCUAAGGAGGGGAUUUUAUUUUUAGUAAGACAUCAUGUCCUUGAGGACAACAUCAAAGACUUAACAUUAUUUAUCCAUGGUUGGACUACCCUUAACCCAAAAGCAAUAAGAAAUUAUCUUGAAGAACGAAGAGAUAUACUUGUGGAGCUGGUCAACAUACAGCGUUAUCAUGGAAUGUUCUUACCAGCUGCACUGAGAAAGCUGUUUCAUAUGAUAGAGCCUCCAGAGCAGAGAGGAGAAUACUUAGACUCACUACUUGAGUUGUUCACACGACGGUUCCUCCAGUGUAACCCUGAUUGCCAGCUAUCACAAGAUACCUUGAUCAUCCUGUGUCACUCUCUGAUCUUGCUGAGUGUGGACCUCAGUAGUCCGAAGGUAAAAACAAAGAUGACUAAACGUGAAUUUAUCAAGAACCUUCGUGGCGUCACGCAGGAGUGCAGCGUGGAGUACAUAGGGGACAUGUAUGAUGACAUCUACUUAUCAGGGCACAUAGCCGUACCCAAGAGCAAGUGCAGUAAGCCACCGGCUUUCCCAUUCGAAAGGCCGUAUGGAAAGAUCUUCUUAGCGGCGUGAGACCAGGAGGAUGACUCAGUCCAAUAAGAAGACAAUAAAAGAAUGACGUCAUCCCAAUGACAUGACAAUAAAACAAUCUUAGCAACAUAAGUCAAAGGAAGUGACUCCAUCUUAAUGAAAUCAUAUUGGCAGUAUAAGACCAAGAGGACAAGAGAGGCUAGUAUUAGGUCGUCUUAAUGGAAAUAUUUUCUUAUCAGCACAAGUGAAAGAAUCCAAUGAAGUCAUCUUCAUUGAAAAAAAAAGGCAUAAGGCAAAGUAGAUGGCUUCACUUUUAUGUGAAUAAUAUUAAUAUUCUCGGCAACACGAAACCAUGAAGACAUCGUUAUUGAAUGUUCCUAGAAAGAUGACAAAGAGUAUAGUACUGGUGCAUUUUGGUGAAAUUGUAUGGUCAAGACUAUAAAAGACGUUGUGUGUUUUUAAGAAUUAUUAUUUUCAUUGUUUUCGACCCUGCCCACAAAUCUACCAAGGAUUGGUAGAAAAUUCUUAGCAGUAAGCUGUGCUAGCACAAAACUGUACAUAGACUGAUUGUCAAAUGAUGUUAGCUUUGUAUCACGUUUAUUUAGAAACAUUUUUUAAGCCGAACAUUUUUAUAUUGCCUAUUUUAUAAUUACUUUGAUAAGAGGAUUACACAAAUAAAAGGUAGUAGAAUUCAAAUUACGUUUUUGGACAUACCCCUCCUCGCCUUUUCCAACGUUUAAGCACGUUCAGAUAAAGAAAGGACAAUCCUACCCUUUGUACUAAGUUAAUAACUUGUAUUAGACUAAAAGUGUAACUGAACAUUAAAAACUUUUUUUUUAAUUAAACACCGCGUCUGCACGAAAUACAGUAAUUAUAAACACUAAUAAAGAAAGCAUGAAAUA